UUGUGGACUGCUCUGAACUGGGACUUUUGGCAGUGCCUGAGGACCUAAGCCCCUUCACCUCCUACCUGGAUCUCAGCAUGAACAGCAUCAGUGAGAUUGAACCCAAUGCUUUCCACAAUCUGCCUUUCCUCACUGAACUGAGGCUCUCUGGGAACCAUUUAAGGCACAUCAACGGCUCUGCCUUCCAUGGCCUCACCAACCUCAAAGUCCUGAUGCUGCAGAAUAACCAGCUGGAGAGACUGGCCAGUGAAGACCCCUGGGAGCUGCCAAACCUCCUCUCUCUCGAGCUGAACUUCAACUCCCUGAAGGAAUUCCCUGUGGCUAUCCACACACUGGCCAAGCUCCAAGAGCUGGGUUUUCACAACAAUAACAUCAAGGCCAUUCCUGAGAGGGCUUUUGUGGGGAAUCCACUGCUACAGACCAUUCAUUUCUAUGAGAAUCCCAUUCAGUUUGUUGGAAGAUCUGCUUUCCAGUUCUUGCCAAAGUUACACACUCUCUCUCUCAAUGGUGGAGCUGAGAUUCGGGAGUUCCCUGACCUCAAAGGAACGACUAGUCUGAGAGUCCUCACCCUGACGAGAGCAGGUCUCACCAGCCUACCAUCUGACCUCUGUCAGCAGUUACCCAGUCUCAGAGUUCUUGAGCUGUCUCAUAAUGCUAUUGAGGAUCUGCCAAGUUUUUACCAUUGCACAUCUCUUCAGGAAAUUGGACUUCAGCACAAUCUGAUCAGAUGGAUUGGGAGGGAGACAUUUCAGCACCUUAGUUUUCUCCAGUUUCUGGAUCUAAGCUGGAACAGGAUUGAGAGAAUCCACCCAGAAGCCUUUACCACCCUCCACUCUCUGCUUAAACUGGACCUGACUGAUAACCAUCUGACCAGUCUGCCCAGGGCUGGCCUGAGCAGCCUUACUCAUCUUAAGCUGAGAGGGAACAGGGCACUGUCCAGCAACUUCCAAAAGGAGGAUUUCCCAAACAUAAGAGUUGUUGAGAUGCCUCAUGCCUACCAGUGCUGUGCAUAUGGAGCCUGCAGCAGUUACAGACCGGCCAGCCAGUGGGAGUUGCGGACAGGCAGUGAGGAGGAUGGCCUUCAGAAGAGAGUACAUGCCCUCUUCCCCAUCCACACAGACUAUGACCUUGAACUUGAGGAAUUCCAGUCAGCUACAGAAGAGUCCAAACUACAGACUAGCAUCCAGUGUACCCCUAUCCCAGGUCCCUUCAAGCCCUGUGAGCACCUGGUGGACAGCUGGGUGGUGCGUCUGGGAAUGUGGCUCAUCACUCUCAUAUCUCUGCUGAGUAACAGCCUCCUCAUCCUCAGUGUUCUCGCUUCUCCCAGCUACCUCUCGCCGGUCAAGUUCAUCAUCGGCGCCAUUAGUGCUGCUAACCUGCUCACUGGCCUCUGCACAGGCACUCUGGCGCUGGUUGAUGCCAUGACAUUCGGUGAGUUCGCCUUGUUCGGUGCCCGCUGGGAAAUGGGUGCCGGUUGCCAGGUGACGGGCUUCGUCUCCGUGCUGGCCUCGGAGGCGUCCGUCCUCUUCCUCACGCUCGCCGCCGUGCAAUGCAGCGUGUCUGUUUCGUGUGUUCGCACCUACGGAAAGUCUCCAUCCCAGGGCGGCGUGCGAGUGGCUGCAGUGGUGUGUCUGCUGCUUUCCUUGGCUGCAGCCAGUCUGCCAGUUCUGGGGCUCGGGGAAUACAAGGCCACCCCGCUCUGCCUGCCCUCCCCGCUACCCGAGGCCCAGCCCUCUACCCUGGGCUUCAUGGUAGCCCUGAUCAUGAUGAAUUCUCUCUGUUUCCUGCUCAUCACUAGCACCUACAUCAAACUAUACUGGGACCUGAUGAAGGGCAACUUCAACAGUGUGUGGGAUUGUGCCAUGAUCAAGAACGUGGCCUGGCUCAUUUUCACCAACUGUCUACUUUACUGCCCUCUGGCUUUCCUCACCUUCUCCUCCGUGCUGGGUCUCUUCCCUGUGAGUGAAGAGGUGGUCAAGUCUGUACUGCUAGUCUUGCUGCCCCUGCCCGCCUGCAUCAACCCAUUGCUCUACCUCCUGUUUAACCCCCACUUCCGUGAGGACUGCCGACUCAUCCUCAACAGAACUCACCUGGCUCAAGACCACGCACUUGACUCCUUUGUCUCGGCAGACACUGAGAAGAGCUCGUACGACUCCACCCAGGCCCUGGUGUCAUUUGCCUCUGAGGUGGAUGUGACGCUCGAGGGCUCCGAAAGGGAGAGCCGGAUCCUGCACACACCCACCGUCCCACUCAUCCCGUGCCAGCUGUCUGUGAUACUGCCACUGGGGAAGGAAACGUCGCGAGAGAGCAGGGCCGGACCGACGACAGGAUAUGGUGCUAAAGAGGAGGUGGACACACGGAGCAACAGGCUGGGCAUAAAGAGAGGAAACUCUUCAUUUCCUGGCGUCCACCCAUCCUCCCACCCCUCAUGUCAUUCAUAAGUUCAGUCCCAGGAUUCUCAGCUCUCAGGAACUGAUCUGAUUCUGAUAAAUAGACAGACGAGCUCUCAUGACACGCAGCACCUAACCAUCGCAUAAGGGACAAAAGUAUGUCUUUCUGAAGAGAGAACUACAUGUAAUAUUUGCAUAUGCCACUGACUGGCUGGUAGCAUGGUUAUAAGAAAACUAUCGGAUAUUAUAAUGUGAUGUGGCAUACUGAGUCACAGGUUCAUUCAUUAAUGUUUCAAUCUGACUCUUCGUUUCUACAAUCAGAUGGAAAUGCAGAUUAAAGAAAACCAAGAUAAAACAGGGUGUUGGAUGGUGCACGUUCAAUGUGAAAAGAUUUUCCCUAGUCCACCUACUCCUAUUCAUUGUGAGUAACAUUCAUGUCUGAAAUAUAAAGUAUGUCAAAUGCUCACUCUAAUCACCUGCCAUUGAUUCUCAAGUCAGUCUGAAUUCCUGGCUCAUGAGUUUGCAGGUCUUCACUUGUUACACCGGUGUUCAAGACACCUUACUGAAUUGAAAGGGGGGGGGGGGAAUUAUUCAGCAGCAAGUCGAUACUAUUAAAGCUGCUACACCAGACCACACAAGUACAUAACGUUAUUGUGGAAGAUUGUUUAUGUAGAUUAGA